UUUGAUAAUGGCGACAAGAACGAGUAUCCUCAGCUUAGUGUUUGCGAUGAUGAUGAGCUUCACGGUUCUCUCGGGUUACUCUUGGGGAGGGUCUACAAAGUUGGAGACUCCGAGGGAUGGACUGCUAAAGACGAUGUCUACUACGCUUGGGCCGAGAGAGACUAUAAGGAGUUCCACGUGGGAGAUUCUCUCGUCUUCGAAUACGAUCCCAUCAUCAACGACGUGACUCAAGUCGCUGGCGGUUUGGAAUACGAGUUCUGCGACCUUUCUUCUCCUAAAGCCGUAUACAACACAGGACACGAUGUCGUGACUAUCACGGAACCAGGUUUUCACUACUUCAUCACCUCAAACCAAGAACAAUGCGUAUUGGGACAUAAGCUCGAAGUUCUUGUCGUCCAAGACCCCUCAAGUCCGGUUCCUCCACCAACACCUAGCAAGACCCUCCCUGUCAGAAACACCUACAAGGUCGGAGACUCAGAAGGAUGGAAAGUUUAUGACAGUGACUUCUACAACAAGUGGAGUGUGGAGAAACAGUUUCAUGUUGGAGAUAGUUUGAUUUUUGAGUAUGCCGAUGAAUUCAACGACGUUUAUCAGAUCAGCGGGGAUCUAGAGUUCAUGACGUGCGACCCAACGUCUCCUGUAGCUGUGCACAAGACAGGACACGAUCUUGUUAGGCUUACGGAACCGGGAGUUCAUUAUUUCAUAACCUCAAACUCGGGUUCUUGUGAGGCUGGUCUUAAGCUUCGAGUGAUGGUGGGACCAGUACCUAAAGUUGUUCUUUACCCUAAUUUUCCGAAGAAGGUGGACUUCUCAGCUAUGGAGCGCCUCAACAACUGGUUGAAGACUUUCAAACCCCAACAUUAACCAGCUUGGAGCUA